GGCCUGCCCUGACAACAAUUUCUUCUUCUUCUUGGGAGACUGACAGCAGCAAUUUCUCAGUCGGCCACCUGCACCCCCUAUCACACACAAAUCACUUUCUCUUGUUUUGUUUCCUCUGCUCGCCGUCCGGCAGGGCAGCUGCCGUCGCCGGGCUCGCUAGCUUCCAGAUUCACAUCACGCCCCGCCACCUGCCACCUUACUUUUCACCUUCCUCGCGCACACCCCGCCGCCGGAGGACGCUAAUGGACGCCGCCGAGCUGCCUCUCGUCUACCACAUCGGCCUCGUGCUGGCCGCGCUCUGGGCCGCCGGCGCCCUCGGCAUCCGCCACUCCUUCCUCUUCCUCCUCGCCUUCCUCUACCUCUACAUGGUAAAUGCUCGCUGUGCCAUGAGACUACGAAAGAGGAUCCAACAUGAGGAGAUGAAAUCUGCCUACCAACGAAGACUCCUUUCUGAUGCAGAAUCAGUACGGUGGUUAAACCAUGCAAUAAACAAGAUGUGGCCUAUCUGUAUGGAGAAGAUCGUUUCACAACUUUUACGGCCCAUCAUACCGUGGUUCUUGGACAAGUUCAAACCUUGGACAGUUAGCAAAGCAAGUGUCCAGGAGCUUUACAUGGGUAGAAACCCACCAAUGUUUACCUCCAUGAGAGUUCUACCUGAGACAUCAGAUGAUGACCAUUUGGUUCUUGAGCUGGGAAUGAAUUUCCUUUCUGCUGAAGAUAUGAGUGCCAUACUUGCUAUGCAGCUGCAUAAGAGUGUGGGACUUGGAAUGACUGCAAACAUGCAUUUAACUAGCAUGCAUGUUGAGGGAAAGAUUUUAGUUGGUGUGAAGUUUGUUAGGAGCUGGCCGUUUCUUGGCCGUGUAAGACUUUGCUUUGUGGAGCCACCUUAUUUUCAGAUGACUGUGAAACCACUCAUUAAUCACGGGCUUGAUGUCACUGAGUUUCCAGGAAUUUCAGGAUGGCUAGACAAGUUAAUGGAUACUGCAUUUGGGCAGACAUUAGUCGAGCCCAAUAUGAUUGUUAUCAAUGUGGAAAAAUUUGCAUCUACUCCUUCAGAAAAUAACUGGUUCAGCAUUGAGGAGAGGCCUCCUAUUGCGUAUGUGAAGCUUGAGAUUUUGGAAGGAACUGACAUGAAGCCAUCUGAUAUAAAUGGACUAGCGGACCCUUAUGUGAAAGGUCGUCUGGGUCCUUUCAAAUUUCAAACAGAGAUACAGAGGAAAACGCUAUCCCCUAAGUGGUUUGAAGAAUUCAAAAUACCAAUCACAUCAUGGGAGGCAUCAAAUGAACUUGUCAUGGAAGUUCGUGAUAAGGACCCCAUGUUUGAUGACUCACUUGGAGGAUGUACCAUCGAUUUACAUGAGCUGAGAGGUGGACAAAGACAUGACAAGUGGAUAUCACUGAAUAAUGUCAAGAAAGGAAGGAUUCACUUGGCGGUAACAGUUGAAGAUAUAUCUGAGGACAAAAAUGUAUCAUGUUCGGACGAACCAUUGAAGAAAGCUGAUGCUGAACUACCAGUAUUAACCUCUGCAGACAGCACAACGGAUGCUGGUGAACUGCCUGAAGAAAAGAAAGUCUUAAUGGAUGAAGUGGAGCACAUAAACAUUGAUGGACAAGAACAACCUGGAGGGUUAUAUGUUCAUCGCCCUGGCGCUGGGGUUCCAAAGACAUGGGAAUCCCGGAAGGGACGAGCACGCGCCCCGGACACACAGAUUUACCAAGAGGUUGACAAGUCAAAGGAAAUCCCCGCACCAAAAAGCAGUGGACAUGGGGGUCUGUUUAACCUAGGCUCCUUUUUCCGAAAGAACUCAAGGAAGGAGAGCUUCAAAGGUGAUCCCAGCCUUCCUACUACUCCGGGUUCUCAGAGUGUGACAGAGCUUGAUCCAAAGCUCCCCAAAACACCACAUCCCAACCUGAAGGAGCUUGGUGAGAAGCGGACAUCAAUAAAGCUUGUAGUGAAUGAAGAAGCAAGCCCAGCAAGCAAGGUGGGAGACACGGAUAACUCAACAGAAGAUGUAGCAAAGGUGAUCCAAAAAAAUGCAGGUGAACCAGGCAGAUCACUGACGAGCACACUGAGCAGGAAUAUUUCUAGGAAGAGAGAGGAGGACAGGUUAUCAGAUAUCCAGGAGCAGAUUGAAGCUCAUGGAUCUGAGUCGGUGACUGUGAGUGAAGAGCAUAUUCCCGUUGAAGGUGAACCAAUAGAAAAGGAGGGCCAUCAGACAACGGAACAUGAGAAUGGUGAUGGUGCUGAAGAAGAUUCAGUGGGAGCAGAGAUUGCUACUCAGGCCUCAUAAGAUUGCAACUUUGCAAGAUCAUCAGCUUCCGUUCUUGUAAUCUUGCUAGUAGAUAUGGUUCGCACAUGCAGCCUUCUUUGUUGUUCAUAGACCCAUGGUGGUGAGGAUGUCAAUCUCAGAAAGCCUUGUUUUGUUGUUCAUAGUUGUGAAGAAUAACAGUUUAGAAAUGGCUGUAUGGCUGUACACUAACAAAGAGCAGCGUGCUGUGCAGUUUAGACGCUCAUGUUGUAAGAUCAACGUAGCUCUGUUUGAUGGAACUUUUGUAAAGAAACAUAUAUUCCUUGACAAUACUAUUGUAAAUCAUAACUUUUCUGUUUCUUUCCUUCAUGAAA